ACACACCAGCAGGUCGACUCAAGUGUGAGCUAUUUUCCGACAUUGUUCCUCGCACAUCCGAGAACUUUCGUCAGCUCUGCACCGGAGAAUUCCGACCAAACCACGUCCCCGAGGGAUACAAAAACUCGAUCUUUCAUCGAAUCAUCAAAGACUUUAUGUGCCAAGGGGGCGACUUUAUCAAUGCAGACGGUACUGGUUCGCGCUCCAUCUACGGUGACAAGUUUGACGACGAAAACUUCACUCUAAAACACGACAAGGCUGGAUUGUUAAGUAUGGCCAAUUCGGGGCCUGGAACGAAUGGGUGCCAAUUUUUCAUCACGGCUCAACCUUGCCCCUUCUUGGAUGGCAAACAUGUCGUGUUUGGUAAAGUGGUCGAUGGCCUGUUGACAUUGAGGAAGAUGGAGAAUGUGCCCACAGGCGCCAACAAUCGGCCCAAGAUGGCCGUCAGGAUAACUCAAUGUGGCGAGAUGUAG